GCAGAGAAGAACCACAACACCGCACUUUAUUAUACUUCAAUUGUCACCACCAGCACCUUUUCCUCCUGAGCCGGGUGUUCCGCAAGCGAUAUUCGACACUUCUCCGCACUCCUGAGAAGUGAGACUCACAACUUCAUACCGUAUAUUGGGGUCUUCAUUCAAUUGAAAAUAUUGAAGGAGCAACAAGUGCAAGGAUCGCAAACAGAGGCCCAACAAUUUCUCGAGGUCUCACCAAAUCUACCAAAAUGAGUACAGCACCAGCAAAUAAGUUCAUGUCAAAGGCGUAUAUUGAUGGAAUUUAUAUUCCAUCUGGUCUUUUAAUAUUUGGAUGUUUAAUUGUCAAAAAAGAUUGGCUUCCUUUUGCCGUUGCUCUUGCUGCUCUUCUUGGGGGAUAUAAGAUUUGGGCAAGUCGUAAGUUUAUACUUGCACACACCCCAUUGAUGAAAUAUUGGACUUACACUUCCUCAGAAGAAAUUCCAGUUCUCAAGCCAACUGUCUUUCAAGAUUUCGAACUCAAGGAGAAGACUAUCAUUUCACACAAUGUAGCAAUGUCAGUUUUAUUCUAUCCCGCGUUAACUGCUGCUCCUAACAUCCGCAUAGCUACCGAUUCAGUCUGCCAAAGCCUACCUCUAUUCUCGGUCUUCCUAUCGGUCAACACAUCUCUAUCUCCGCUGUCCUCCCUCAACCCGAAGGGGAAAACAAGGAAAUCGUUCGAUCCUAUACGCCCGUCUCUGGCGAUCAUCAACCCGGAUACUUCGACCUUCUCAUUAAGUCUUACCCUACCGGAAACAUCUCUAAAUAUAUGGCUUCGCUCAUUGUUGGUCAAACCAUCAAAGUUCGUGGUCCAAAGGGUGCAAUGGUAUAUACUCCCAAUAUGGUUCGUCAUUUUGGUAUGAUUGCUGGUGGAACUGGUAUCACGCCCAUGUUACAGAUUAUUCGCGCGGUUAUUAGAGGUAGAGCAACUGGAGAUAAGACUGAAAUCAAUUUAAUUUUCGCAAAUGUCAACCCCGAGGAUAUCUUAUUGAAAGAUGAUUUGGAUGGUUUGGCCGCUCAGGACAAGGGAUUCCGAGUUCACUACGUUUUGAACAAUCCACCGGAGAAAUGGGAUGGAGGCGUUGGCUUUGUCACUCCUGAAAUGAUUACUGUAAGUCCUCAAGAUGUAGCCUACCAAUAACAUCAGAGCUAAUGUUAUAUAGAAAUGGCUUCCUAAACCAGCGGACGACGUUAAGCUUUUGCUCUGUGGACCACCACCUAUGAUCAGCGCCAUGAAGAAAGCCGCUGAAGGUUUGGGCUUCCAAAAGGCAAAGCCAGUCAGCAAAUUAGAGGAUCAAGUCUUUGCUUUUUAAAGAAUUAUUUUUAUCAACGUCUAGAUGGAGACGGGACAUUCAAAUUUGAACUUUGCGAGAAUAUCUGCUAGGGCAAGCAGAUAUAGCAAGGUUUGAAAUAUGAAAAGUAAAAUUAAAGCAAGACUGAGAAGACAAAUUAUUCAUAGAUCCCUUUAUGUCAAUUGUUUUUUUAUAAAGAAAAAACUCUCCUGACCGACAUGCAAUAUUACGGCUUAUAUUGAGUGCUGCUAAAGAAACCACAGGCGGGCUUUACAAAAUCGAAGCAUGCACUCUGUGGUUUUACUACAGGAGCAAGCCAUGAGGGUCCUCACCCGCCUUUUUUGAUACUGUUACCUCAUUUAGGCACCUUAACAUACCAUUGGUAGCCUAUAGACCUGCACCCUCAUUCCUAUGUUCUACCUCGAGCGCACAAGUUAAAGCCGUUUCUAUACAUAUUCCCUUCAAGUUGUUGGGUGGCUUAUAUAACUCCUCCGCCCCGAAGAUACGGUCGUGGUCAAAAGUUACAAGGCCUUGUCUUACCACGUAGGAAAAGCCUGCCAGAUUUGCCGCUUCAGGACUGUACGAUGUCGCUAUUACUGUAGUUCUCCCAACUAUUAAACGCUUGCUCCACAGAUUGAGGCUAUUUGUAGCAAACGUCAAUCCUCCUUGUGGUGGGCCACUGCUCAGUGCCUGGUCAGUGCUGUGAAGAGCAUUCUCUUAGUCAACAUGCUUGUCCCAAUGCUUACGAAACUCCAUUCUCAUGCA